CAAGCUAUUCGUCUUUGGUUCGUCGAUCAAACGGAAACAUGAGCGGUAGAGGCAAGGGAGGGAAAGGACUAGGCAAAGGAGGCGCUAAGCGUCACCGUAAAGUUCUCCGCGAUAACAUUCAGGGAAUCACAAAGCCUGCCAUCCGCCGUUUGGCUCGUCGUGGCGGAGUCAAGCGUAUCUCCGGCCUGAUAUACGAGGAGACGCGUGGCGUUCUCAAGGUCUUCUUGGAGAAUGUGAUCCGCGAUGCCGUCACCUACACUGAGCACGCUAAGAGAAAGACCGUGACUGCUAUGGAUGUGGUGUAUGCUUUGAAAAGACAGGGCCGUACUUUGUACGGUUUUGGAGGUUAUUUGGUCCUGGAUAAACUGAAACUCAACGGCUCUUUUAAGAGCCUCCCACCUCAGUCUAAAGUGCCAAAUCCAUAUUUACUUGUUAUCACUGGUAAAAUCAAAUUUCCAAAGAAGUCAGCUUGUCAGCAGUAUUGCACCAGCUUGCUUGCACAUUUAAUGUUGUAGAUGUUAUCUUUAAAAAAUAUAAAUUUAUAUAAUUAUUCACAUGUCCUGUUUCAUAUACUAGUUUACUAUUUAACAAAGUAAAAAUCUGAGUUUCAAUGUGUUUCCAUUCAUAACCUGACAAACAUUCUUAUGGAAAUGCUGAAAAUGGUAGAAGGACUGGUUAAAUGGGUUAAUCUGUAAAGAUCCAAUGAGAUCUAUUUAUACAUGUAUAGCUUUCUGGAAUUAUGUUCAUAUGUUGUAAAUGUAGGUCCACCAGGAGAUGUACUUCACAUGUGCAAAUAAAGUCCAUCAUGUCCCUCUGAAAUCAGUUGUGAUAAAGCUGUGCUUCCUUGCACGGUUAAUGAAAUGAUAAAUUUAAAUUGCUAAGUUUUUAAGAAGUCCAGUAGUGACAUCCUCGCAUGUCUUGAUCAAGGCUGUGAAAGACAAGUGGUGCUCGCUGCAGAACCACAAAGGUGGAGCUGCACCAGAAGGUGGAGCUGCACCAGGGUCAGCCCCGCCCAUUCCAUCAGAGUCAGUACAAUUCCUUCCAGUUGUCAGACUUGAUAGCAUUCUGGAACCAAAGAGGGUUUUAUAGCUAAAAAAUACAAGAUUGAGGACGGAGGUGAGAAGUUAACUGAACAGUUUUUGUAAAGGUUCCAUAUAAUUAAAAAUCUAACUUUUGGAACUUUUUAUCAUGUUAUAUUGUCAUUUCCUCAUAAGAAACACGCCAAAGCCAUUUUUGGCCUCAUUCAUGCAUUUUCCUCCCAUCUCAGCUUCAAUUUGGUCUCCUCCCCUGAAGUGGGUCUGGUCUUGGUUCUCAAAUCUGGAUAUUCUGUGAAUUUUCUGACAAAUUAUUUCUGAAAUGACUUCUACUGAGACACCGCCAAUAAACCAUAACCUAACCCUAGCUACACUUGCCAGUACUAUGUUUACAACAAUUUACUGGUAUACCGUUUACAAUACAAUGACUAAUGUGUUUAUUUAUUUAUUCGUUUAUUUAGCCAUUGUGAGUCCAUUUGUGAGCAGAGUUUCAACUAAAAUGCUGUUUAGGAAUGACCAAAUUCAAAGAACUUUUAGAGACAUAAAUAUUUUGCUGAAAAUAAACAUUACAACUAAAAUAUAAACAAAUUCAAUGUUUCAGCUGGCUAAAUAGAUUGAUGCCGACCCCACCGAGAAUCGAACCAGCAUCUGCUGAGGGGGAAGCAAAAUUUGCUUCAGAUGAUCUUACCACUGGACUAUCAGAGGACAUAUGACAACCACCCAUGCUGUUGCACCAUAUUAUUGUUAGAGCGGCUGUGGGCAGAUAUCUGCUAAAAGAAAUCGUUUCAUUUCAAGAUGUAUUCAGGCUUUGUCAUGUAGCAAGUUAUAUUUAUCUUGUUUAAUUGGAGCAUAGAACAUAGCAUUAACAUUUGUAAAGUAGUAACAGCCGUAAUUCAUGUGGGUCAGGUUAGUUUGCGAUGAAGUUGGAAAACAAAAACGGAAGUCAGUGGGCUAGGCUGAGUUUGCGUGAAUGGGCGGGGCUGACCCUGGUGCAGCUCCACCUUAUGGUGCAGCUCCGCCUUUGUGGUUCUGCAGCGAGCACCCUCUCGUGAAAGAUGUGGAAUUCAUGGCCAGAAAACAUGUUUCAUAUUUCAUUUGUUUUUAAAAUAGCAAUAAUAGUUCUUGUUUUAGAAUACCAACCUUUUAACAUAUCUGAGCAGUCUCGAAUUGGAGUCAACUGUCAUUAAAAGGCCAAAUGUUUGCUGGGGAUCCUUACUUAUAUACUGUAGUUUUGAAAAAUAUAAAGCAUAAUGUACAUAUGUCCAGUUCUCCAAGAAGUAGUCAUGUUACAAUCAUGCCUCAAAACAUUUUAUAUGCCAGAAUGACAAAAAAUAAUGCAAGUCAAAGGGGCUAAAAUCGCUGUUUUCUAAUUCCGUUUGCUAUGUACCAUGGAUUUCACAUGACAUCCGUGAAUUUUAAAGAGUCAUCUUGAUGCCAAGAAUGUGCGUAUUUUCAAACAGGAGAAAUGUUGUUUUAGGUUUUGUGUUCAAAUACGUCCAGGACUACAAAUGCACAUCACCUAUUUGAUGUCAUCGAACCAGACACAGAGAAGAGCAGAGGCUGUAAGUUAAGCAAACGUCAAAUCCUUCCUUCAGAGCUAAAGAACCACCAUAAAUCUGGCCAUUUGGUAAGUAGCAGCUACGCUAGGAGAGAGGUGAUUCUCUGGUGAUGGUAAAUGGUAAAUGGCCUGUAUUUGAUAUAGUGCCUUCUAGAGUCCUGGAACCCCCCAAGGCGCUUUACAACACAAUCAGUCAUUCACCCAUUCACACACUGGUGGUGAUGAGCUACAAUGUAGCCACAGCUGCCCUGGGGCACAGUGACAGAGGCGAAGCUGCCGAGCACUGGCGCCACCGGUCCCUCCGACCACCACCAGCAGGCAACGUGGGUUAAGUGUCUUGCCCAAGGACACAACGACAGUGACAGACUGAGCGGGGCUCGAACCUGCAACCUUCCGAUUACGGGGCGAGCACUUAACUCCUGUGCCACCGUGAUGUCAUUUAAAGGCUGAUGAGUACGUUAGGGUUUUUAGUUUUGUUUUAAACAACUCUAGAGUUGGGGCAGAUGGGGCAGCUGAUUCCAUAUGUGAGCAGCAUAGUAACUAAAUGCAUCUCCACCAUGUUUUGUUCUGACCCGUGGUUCUGAAAUAGCUAUUUUAGCUCCAUUAAACAGCAUUUAAUUUUUUGUUCUUCUGGGGACCCAUGAGCUGACCGGAAAUGGAGAAAAACAUUCAGCAGAUUGCUGUUUAUCACCAGCAAACUAAAAGGUAAGAGAAUAUAAAUAUGACUUUAUAUUUUAGAACUUAUUUGCAAAGUCAAAACAGGGAGAAAUACAUUCAAACAGACAAAAGGCAGGCCUUUGAAUCACCCCUACAGUCUGAAUAAAGCUUUCUGUGGAAACGUCACUUCCAGGGUCUUUCGAUGAGCUCAGCCAAUCAGAUGCGGGAAACAGCACAGAGUUAUUUACAUGCAGUCCAUAUAAGUAACGCUUCCACUCCUUUCAUUUUCAAACUAUCUGUGUACCAGAGCACGAUGCCUGAACCCGCGAAGUCUGCGCCCAAGAAGGGCUCCAAGAAAGCGGUGACUAAAACCGCCGGGAAAGGAGGAAAGAAAAGAAAGAGGACCAGGAAGGAGAGCUACGCCAUCUACGUUUACAAGGUGCUGAAGCAGGUCCACCCCGACACCGGAAUCUCGUCAAAGGCCAUGAGCAUCAUGAACUCAUUCGUCAACGACAUUUUUGAGCGCAUCGCCUCCGAGGCUUCCCGCUUGGCUCACUACAACAAGCGAUCCACCAUCACCUCAAGGGAGAUCCAGACCGCUGUCCGCCUCUUGCUCCCCGGUGAACUGGCCAAGCAUGCCGUGUCUGAGGGCACCAAGGCCGUUACCAAAUACACCAGCUCCAAGUAAACUGCCAACUACUAAUACUCCAAAGGCCCUUUUCAGGGCCACUCCAAUACUUUUAAAGCAGCAGUCUGAUUUUUGGUUACAUGUGCUUUUAAUGGGUACUUCUGAGUUUUCCUCUACUCUUUGAGUGCAGUGAUCCCAAUUGCAAUGAGUGAACGGAUAAGUGCCAAUGUUUCACACAUUUUAACUUGAGUGACCAUGAAAGGAAGGCAAACUUAGUUAUUUUUAAAAUUUGUUGUACUCAGCUUCAUAUUAAAUAAACUAAAUAUUUGCUAUAACUA